AUGACACGAGGGAUUUCACAAGAUUACCUCCUUCGUUACAGCCAAUGCUAUCCAGGGCUGAUUAAGCGUUGGGUAAAGUACUAUCGAGUCCUUGAUGAGUAUCACUCUUCUGGACGGCUGCCUGAGAAUAAUUCCACCUUGCUCCAUAUUGCCUCUUCCGCUGGUCUAUUAAGUGUUGUAAGGGGUAUACUCUUGAAAAAUCCCGAUAUUGAGCAAAUUGACGACUCAGGAAACCGGGCUCUGCACCAUGCAUCUCGUUGGGGGCAUGCAAAGGUUGUUAAAGCUCUACUCGAGAUAGGCGCAAAUUUUGAAGCAGAAAAUCACAGCAAGUGUACAGCACUCGAGCGAGCAGCAGCUAAUGGACAUGAAGAGGUAGCUCAGAUGCUAGUUACUAAAGGUGCAAAUGUCAACAGGCAGACUGGAUGGACUGGGAAUGCUUUAUGUGGAGCUGCCGCGAAAGGGAGUAAAAUUAUAGUGCAGCUGCUUCUCGACCAUCAAGCGAAGGUCAACGCUCAAGGCGGGCGGUAUGGCAACGCUCUCCAAGCUGCAGCAUUUGGGGGCCAUCAAGCAAUUGUGCAGCUACUCCUCCAGAACGCAGACUUAAAUUAUCUUCAUCCCAACUUCGCUGAGGACCAUCGCUUGCAGGCUCCCGGCACUCAAGAGAUUAUAACAAUCUUACUCGGAAGUGCGGCUAAGAUAAAAUCUUUUCAUUCCGAUGUCCAAGAAGGUCGCGACUCCGCAGUUGCUUCAGCACUUGAGAGUGGCAUGAAACCCGACGUCCCUGGUGGCUUGCACUUGUAUGCUUUGCAUACUGCAGCGGGUCAAGGAAACCUUUCAAUUGUUGCUUUGUUGUUAGCGAAAAGCAAUGCCGAGCUUAAUAUAACAGAUUUCGCUGGUCGAACCCCGCUUUGGCUAGCUGCACGAUCAGGCCAUAUUUCUGUCUUAGACAAACUCUUUGAAUCAGGAACAGUGGAUAUCAAUCCUCAGGAUCUCGAAGGUAGAUCAGCGCAUUGGCAGUCCUCAGCUCGUGGAGAUCGCAAUGCUGUUGAGUGGCUAUUAAGUCGGAACGCUGAUCCUGACAUUCCAGAUAAUUAUGGAAUGUCACCCUUGGAGAAAGCUCGGAUUGAAGGAAACAAAUCUGUCAUAGAAGCUUUGAUUCCACAUAGUCGGUCUACUAAAACCCUCAACAUCACCCGAAAUCCUCAGUUUGGUAUUGCUAUCCUGGCAUUUGGAUUCUAUUGGGUAACUUUAUCUUGUAAAGCAUUACUUAUUCAUCUGGGCGUUAUUGUUAGACAUCGACAGGAAGACUAGCACAUCAAUUUCAACUCCUCCAGAACGCAGACUUAAAUUAUCUUCAUCCCAACUUCGCUGAGGACCAUCGCUUGCAGGCUCCCGGCACUCAAGAGAUUAUAACAAUCUUACUCGGAAGUGCGGCUAAGAUAAAAUCUUUUCAUUCCGAUGUCCAAGAAGGUCGCGACUCCGCAGUUGCUUCAGCACUUGAGAGUGGCAUGAAACCCGACGUCCCUGGUGGCUUGCACUUGUAUGCUUUGCAUACUGCAGCGGGUCAAGGAAACCUUUCAAUUGUUGCUUUGUUGUUAGCGAAAAGCAAUGCCGAGCUUAAUAUAACAGAUUUCGCUGGUCGAACCCCGCUUUGGCUAGCUGCACGAUCAGGCCAUAUUUCUGUCUUAGACAAACUCUUUGAAUCAGGAACAGUGGAUAUCAAUCCUCAGGAUCUCGAAGGUAGAUCAGCGCAUUGGCAGUCCUCAGCUCGUGGAGAUCGCAAUGCUGUUGAGUGGCUAUUAAGUCGGAACGCUGAUCCUGACAUUCCAGAUAAUUAUGGAAUGUCACCCUUGGAGAAAGCUCGGAUUGAAGGAAACAAAUCUGUCAUAGAAGCUUUGAUUCCACAUAGUCGGUCUACUAAAACCCUCAACAUCACCCGAAAUCCUCAGUUUGGUAUUGCUAUCCUGGCAUUUGGAUUCUAUUGGGUAACUUUAUCUUGUAAAGCAUUACUUAUUCAUCUGGGCGUUAUUGUUAGACAUCGACAGGAAGACUAG